AAUGUCAAUUAUGUCAAGUUUUUGUUUAUAAGUUGUAUAACUUUUAAUAUUAUGUGAUUAAAUAUUGUUUGAACAUUAUAAAGUGAAGUGUCAUAAAUAUUAAAUUGAAUAAAGGCAGGAUAACAACAGGCUCAUUGUAACCUAUAAAGUUUGUUUAUUCGUUGUUCCUGUUUGUAUUGCAGUCUAAGUUAACAACCAGCUUGUAAGAAGACAUUGUGAUAUGGUUCAACAAUAUCAGUCACCUGUACGGGUGUAUAAGCAUCCUUUUCCACUCGUGAUGAUGGCAUACGAACGCAGAUUUCCUACGUGCCCGCAAAUUCCUGUGUUCAUUGGCUGCGAGAUAGUUUCAGAUGAAGAAAUUAAAAGUGGCGCGGUUAGAAUAACUGAGCGACGAUGUAAAUUAAAUGUGGAUGCUCCGUAUAUUUUAAAGAAGAUCAUUGGGGUAGAUUUUGUAUACUUUAUUCAAAAGAAUGUAUUAGAUAGACGAAAUAGUAUCUUAGAAAUAGAAGCGUACAAUGAAAGCUUUUCGUCCAGAGUAACAGUUAUCGAAAAGUGCAGGUAUUUUGUUCAUCCUGAAAAUCCAGAAUGGACGUGUUUCGAGCAAACUGCAAGUUUAGAUAUUAAAAAUUUUUUCGGUUUUGAAAAUUCUAUGGAAAAAUUAGCAAUGAAACAGUAUGCUCAAAACAUUGCAAAGGGCAAAGAAAUAAUUGAAUUCUUUAUAAAUCAAUUAAAAGAAGAGGGAAUUACAUAUGUAGCUGCAUGGAAGGAUACAAAUGAGGCAUCUGCGCAAGAUGAAGGGGCUACUGCAGAAAGUCAGGAAUCCCUUAGUCAGGAAGAAACUUACGCUUAUAUGGACAACAAAUUACAGAAUAGAGAAAUGCAACUUUCAUCGGAUUACAUAGAGAGAUAUUUAGGAAAACUUGAUAUGAUACAAGAAAGUAAGCUAAUUCAAUUGCGGCAAAGUAUAAAAGAGUUACGAGGAAGUUCAAUACCUGGAGACGCAACUCUUUUAAGAUUUCUCAGAGCUACAGAAUUUUCAGUUGAAAAAGCAAAAGAAAUGCUUACGCAGGCGUUACAUUGGAGAAAAAAGCAUCAAAUUGAUAAACUACUCGAAGAGUACGAAGUACCGCAAGUAGUAAAAGAUUAUUUUCCUGGUGGCUGGCAUCACUUUGACACAGAUGGUCGGCCUUUAUACAUUCUGAGAAUGGGGCAAAUGGAUGUGAAAGGAUUAUUAAAAUCCAUCGGAGAAGACGACUUGUUGUUACUAGUACUACAUAUUUGUGAAGAGGGACUUCUUUUAAUGGAAGAAGCUACUUCAGUUUCUGGCCAUCCAGUUUCACAAUGGUGUCUACUCAUAGAUCUCGAAGGCCUAAAUAUGCGCCAUUUAUGGAGACCUGGUAUAAAGGUAUAAAACCUACUCAAUAUAAUUUACUCGGUUGAAAUAAAUUACCCAGAAACCAUGGGCAGGGUUUUAAUUAUGCGAGCACCCAGAUGUUUUCCCAUUUUGUGGACACUUAUUAGCACAUUUAUAAAUGAAAAUACGAGAAAGAAAUUUAUAUUUUACUGUGGUACCAACUAUCAAGAACAAGGUCCGGGCAGUUUGAGCGAAUGCAUCGAUCCUGAAUUUAUCCCAGAUUUCCUUGGAGGAUCGUCCGAGGACAAUGUGUGCGAGAUUUAUGGUAUGGUACCUCGAAGAUUUUAUAUUUUCGACGCAACUACUAAUAACGCUUACAUCACUGAAGGAGGAAUUGUACCGAAACAUCUGUACAAAAUGGAAUUGGAAACUACAUCUACUGAACAAGAACAUAACCUGUACCAUUCCAUUACUUUAAGCCGUGCACAAAUACAUCGCGUAAUAAUACGCUGUAACGACCCAGGAGCAGUUUUAACAUGGGAUUUUGAUGUAAUGCGGCAUAAUAUAAUAUUUACCGUACUAUAUCAAGCUGAUGAUGACAUUAAGAAUCUCUCUUCAGAAUCUCUUACAGAUAAGGAUGCAGAAUUAUUAGAGACAAAAGAAAUCAAAGGACAUUUCAUUAAAGUUGAACCCAGUGUUGUAUGCCACGAUGGUGAAAGUAUUCAGGGUUCCCAUAUAAUGCAAGAAGCAGGUAUAUAUAUAUUACAAUGGUACAAUCAAGAUGAUCCAGGAGAAUUUCUUCCAUCCAUUAGUGGCCAUAAAGCGCAACUUAUGUACUUCUAUGAAACAUUACCUUCUGUUCAUUACAGGGGAUCUAUGAUGAGUUUGCAAUCUGCUAUAAGUACAAAGUCAGAAGCAGUUUCAUUUUUAUCCAGAUGA